GGGACCGUGGACAAGCACUCGGUGGAGGUCACCAACUGCUUCUCCGUCCCUCACAACGAGUCCGAGGAUGAGGUGGCAGUCGAUAUGGAGUUUGCCAAAAACAUGUACGAGCUGCACAAGAAGGUGUCUCCUAGCGAGAUCAUCUUGGGCUGGUAUGCAACAGGUCAUGACAUCACGGAACACUCUGUCCUGAUCCACGAGUAUUACAGCCGGGAAGCACACAAUCCAAUCCACCUCACUGUGGACACAAGUCUCCAGAAUUCACGCAUGAGCAUUAAAGCCUAUGUCAGUGCCCCAAUGGGAGUCCCUGGUAAAACUAUGGGUGUGAUGUUCACACCUCUAACAGUGAAAUAUGUUUAUUAUGAUACAGAACGGAUAGGAGUGGAUCUUAUAAUGAAGACUUGUUUUAGCCCUAAUCGAGUGAUUGGCUUGUCCAGUGACUUACAGCAGGUGGGGUCAGCAUCAGCCAGGAUUCUGGAUACCUUGACCACAGUGCUCCAGUAUGCAGAGGAUGUAUUGUCUGGCAAAGUGGCUGCUGACAAUACUGUUGGGCGAUUCCUGAUGGAUCUUAUUAACCAGGUGCCAAAGAUUUCACCAGAGGACUUUGAGACAAUGUUGAACAGCAAUAUCAAUGACCUACUGAUGGUAACCUACUUGGCAAACCUCACACAGUCACAGAUUGCUCUCAAUGAAAAACUUCUGAGUUUGUAGAGAAACUUCUGCCACCCUACACUUCAAAAGGCCUGAAGAAUGAGCAGAUACACUUUUCUAUGGUGUUGUUACAAAUUUUUUUGGACUGUAAUUCCAUUACCUAGAUGACUUGGUUUACAUCUCUAUUUCCGUUGUCCCAAAAAAUCCCUAACAUGGUUCAGGAAAUGAAUGGGAAUGGCUGCAGUUUAACUGAGACCAGUAUUUUAAAAUGGAAUAUUAGAAUCUUUUGUCUCCUGGGUUCAUCUACUUGUAUAACAAAAUGCAGCUUUGUUGUAAGAAUGUAUUUGAAAUAAAAGUUCCAUUGCAAUG